AUGAAUUCAGCAGCCUAUGUUUCGAUAAUUUUUGGUUGUUGUGUGCUGUGGGUAGCUUGCUCCUUCCCGGUGGCCUUGUCAUGCGAUUCAUGUGGCCGCGAGUGUGCGUCAGCAUGCGGCACACGUCAUUUCCGGACCUGCUGCUUUAACUAUCUUCGCAAGCGCAGCUCUUCGCCACCGAUUGUGGGACCCAGCGCAACCGAUAGACAUCUAGAAUUCUGGUAUGCGGCGAAGGCGGCCGCACAAAACUCCCGUGAAAACCACCUGGGCGGACGUUUGGGCCAGCUGGUGAUGGCUAACGCAGAUAACGACCUGGACUACGAGUACGUUCCGAUCAUUUCGUCAAACCAUCUUCCACGCGGCGAACCACAAACACCGUCUCGAACGGGGAGCAUCACCGGAGAUCCGUCACCACGCUCACCCGAAUCCGAGGAAGGACGUACCGUCGAAAGAAGCAGUGAAAAAUCAUCCGAAGAAAUGGAAUCUGGGCGUUUGCAGUUGCUGUAUGAGUCUUAAGCUUCAACCUGAACCCCAAUCGUUGUAUGCCUGGUAGUUUUGUCUAUCCGUUCCUGAAUGAGACACUUUUGACCACAAGCUUACAUUUAGUGCUGGGUAGGUGUAAGCUUCCGGUCGACGACAACCUUUUGUCCUAUCCAACCUCACGCCUUUCACAUAUGUUCAGCACAUGAUUAACGAUUGGGAUAGCACCAUACAUCUACGACACGCGAAAAGAACCCACACAAGUGCACCUUCCGAACUUCAUCACGCUGUUUCACCAUGACGGUAUAGAAGACUCAAACCGAUUGAGGAAACGUGUGCUCCUAUCCAUCUCUGAUCCGACAUCAGUUAACUCACCCCUGGGUGAACCAUUUUUUAAAGGCUUCAUAACCCAUAUUAAUGGGAAAUUAGCCCAAUUUGAUUUGGUUCCAAGCGCUCUGAUCAUGAGGAACGGUACGGUAAGGGUUUUGAUUGAUUUCGGAGGGAAUCCGCAAGAAACUCAUGGACAUUACCAGGUCGUAUGAGUGUUGUUGAUUAAACAAGAAGCAUUAGAAGAGGAUAUGACGUGUUGAAAUUUGUAAAACAAUUGUAUAAUGUAGAUUCUUUUAUGUAAUAAAUGCAGCAAAGCCGAGCCA